UAGCUGUGCUCGAAAAGGAUUGCUCUUUGGUUUCCAGGUAACCAAAAUGCUCAUGUUCUGUAAGGAGAUAAAACUGCCCCAUUUAAGCCGUCACUUCCGCAAACAUGUUUUGCUGCAGCAAAUCCUUGACCUGUUCUUCCUCGUCUUACAUUUUAACCAGUUUUUUUAUUGUCCUUUAAAAAUAUCUGUGCUGUUUCCUCUCUGCCAGAAAUCCACUUACAGCCACCGACAACAUGAGGAAUCCAUGGCUGAAACUUUCCGUACUACUCUUUACAUGGUUUUCUCUCAAUAGCCAACUCUCCUUCGGGGAAGAUACCAUCUCAGCAAAUCAAUCUCUGUCCGGUAACCAGACCAUUAUUUCAUCGGGCGGACACUUCGUGUUGGGUUUCUUCACACCAGGUAAAUCUUCCAACUAUUACAUAGGCAUAUGGUACCAAAAGGUGUCUCAACAGACCCCAGUUUGGGUAGCAAACAGAGAGACACCGGUCCGGGAUAUCUUCUCUUCAGAACUAAAAAUAUCUGAUGGGAAUUUAGCUUUGUAUAACGAGUCUCAAGUGCCGAUUUGGUCCACGAAUAUUAGCUCGAUCAGGUCGAGCUCUGUAGUGGCAGUUCUUGAAGAUAGUGGGAAUCUUGUUUUACGAGAUGGUCCCAAUACAUCGGCACCGUUGUGGCAAAGUUUGGAUCAUCCGUCACACACAUGGCUUCCUGGUGGUAAAGUUAGCUUAAACAAACGAACCAAUCAAAGCCAGCUUCUUACUUCAUGGAAGAAUUCAGAAGAUCCUGCGCCGGGUCUCUUUUCUCUCGAGCUAGAUCCCGCGGGAACCAAUUCAUAUAUCAUCCUUUGGAAUCGAACCAGGCAGUACUGGACGAGUGGACCUUGGGAUCCACAGUCGAGGAUUUUCAGCUUAGUUCCGGAAAUGAGAUUGAAUUACAUCUACAACUUCAGCUUUUAUUCGGACGACAAUCAGAGUUAUUUUACUUAUUCGCUUUAUAAUCCCGAGACCAUAUCUCGAUUCAUUAUGGAUUAUUCGGGGCAGAUUAAGCAACUGUCGUGGUUGGAAAGUAGCCACCAGUGGAACUUGUUUUGGUCACAGCCGAGACAACAAUGCCAGGUUUAUGCUUUUUGUGGCGCUUUCGGCAGCUGCACUGAGGGAGGUCUACCUUUCUGUAGUUGUUUGAGAGGUUUCUUUCCGAAAUCGGAAGUCAAUUGGAAGCUGAGCGAUUUUUCUGAUGGAUGUGAAAGGACGACUAGGCUGCAAUGUGAGGAAGAUCCCGGCCUUUCUACCGGAAAGACCGAUAAAUUCCAGGAAAGCCCCAAUGUAAAGUUGCCUCAAAAUGCUCGGUCUAUGAGCGUUGGGAGCAUGUCGGAAUGCGAAUCGACUUGCCUUGCAUAUUGCAAUUGCACUGCUUAUUCUUAUGAUAUUGAUGGCUGUAGAAUUUGGAUGACAGAGCUCUUUGAUCUGCAACAAUAUUCGGGAGAUGCUAGCGAUGGCAAAACAAUAUACAUCCGGUUAGCGGCAUCCGAGUUUCCAAGUUCCAGCAACAAUAAUGGGAUAAUUAUUGGAGUUGUUGCAGGGUCAGCCGGUUUAAUCCUAUGCCUUUUAGUAUUUGCAGUCUUUAGAUGGAGGAGGCAGAGAGUGAUAAAUCCAAAAGUCGAAGGUUCACUUCUAGCUUUUGGAUAUAGGGAUUUACAGAGUGCAACGAAGAAUUUUUCUGAAAAGCUCGGAGCAGGAGGAUUCGGUUCUGUUUUCAAAGGAACGUUGCCUGACUCGAGUAUCAUAGCUGUGAAGCAGCUUGAGAGCAUCAGUCAGGGAGAGAAGCAAUUUCGCUCGGAGGUCAGCACGAUCGGGACGGUUCAACAUGUUAAUCUAGUGCGGCUUCGUGGUUUCUGCUCUGAAGGUACACGGAAGUUGUUGGUAUAUGAUUACAUGCCAAAUGGUUCUUUGGAUGCCCAUCUUUUUCAAGAAGAGAAUUCUAAAGCUCUAGCUUGGAAAACAAGGUACCAGAUUGCACUCGGUACGGCUAGAGGCUUAACUUAUCUUCACGAAAAAUGCAGAGAUUGUAUUAUUCACUGCGACAUCAAGCCGGAGAACAUUCUUUUAGAUGCCGAAUUCUGUUCCAAAGUCGCAGAUUUUGGCCUGUCAAAGCUUAUUGGACGGGACUUCAGCAGGGUCCUGACAACUAUGAGAGGGACACGGGGCUAUCUUGCACCAGAGUGGAUUUCAGGAGUAGCUGUUACUGCUAAAGCCGAUGUCUACAGCUACGGAAUGAUGCUGUUUGAGAUUGUGUCGGGAAGGAGAAACUCUGAACAAUGUGAAGAAGGAAAGGUUAGAUUCUUUCCGACUUUGGUAGCUCGCGUAGUAACCCAAGAUGGUGAUGUCCUUAGCCUAUUAGACCCCCAAUUGAACGGAGAUACUCCUGUGGAGGAGGUAUCAAGAAUAUGUAAAGUGGCUUGUUGGUGUAUCCAAGAUGAUGAAACUCACAGGCCAUCAAUGGGUCAAGUGGUUCAGAUCCUAGAGGGUGUUUUGGAUGUGAAUGUGCCUCCGGUUCCAAGGUCUCUGAACAUGUACGCACACAACUCGGAGCAUAUAAUCUUCUUCACAGAGUCAUCUUCAAGCCAGAGUCCUCUGACACGGAGUUACAAUUCAAAUGCGUCUUCUCAGGCUAAGAGCAACACAUCAUCGAUGAGUUCAUGAAUCUCGAACCGCAUAGUCUUCAAAAUAAGUUAAGGUAGUAAGGUUUCAUCAUGUUAAUAUAUAAAAUUUCAGAGCUGUUUUUAUAUCAGUUUCUUGAUACGCAAGCCACUGUUUAUUAAUAGCUGCUUUGUUUAUGGAGGUUGGAGCAUUGUGCUUGCAUAAGUUGAGCGAAGCAUAGCUUCCUAGGAUGUGAUAAAUGUAAUUUAGAAUGGAUUGAAACACCAUUGAAUCUUCAAUGGC